AUGUAAUAGUAACUUCUGAAUCCUAUUGCAAAUGUCAAUGAGAAAUACAUAAUAAAGUAAUUAUUUAUACUAGUCAACCAGUAUUAAUGGGAAUGACAUUUUACCAAGUAGUGGUAGAAAAUCUUCUUAGUAUGAUGAAAGACCUUCAGAAUAACGAAAAAGAGAAGAAUAAAAAUAAGAGUUAUCUCAUUAUAGAGAUUUAUGUGAACAAUUGAAUAAAGAGAAUUUGUUACUUAAAUCAUUCCAAAUAGAAAAUAAUGAGUUAAAAUAAAAAUAAUUACUAAUGAAUGUUGAGUUAUCAGCUGCUUAAUAGGAACUCUCAAGAAUUAGAAACCAAUUUGGAUCUCAAUAAUAAACUGAUAGACAAGUAUAAAAGAUUUAAUAAGGUAUUUUAUGACAGCAAUUUUAUAGAUAAUUUAAAUUUGUAAUAGUAAAUUAAUGAGUUAAACAAAUAAAAGCAGAUUUUAGAAUCAGAACUUAAAUUAUUCAAAGAAAACCGUUUAACUUAAACUAUUGAAAUAACAGAUAUGAAUGUAUCAUAAUAUUAGAGAAAAAUAAAAGAGAUGGAAGAAGAUAUUUAAAUAUUGAUUGAAGAUUAUAAUAGUAGUUAAGAAAAAUUAGAAAAAGCAUUAAAUGAAUAAAAAUAAUAAUUCAAAUCUGAUAUUGAUUAACUAAGAAGUUAAAACUAGUUGUUGUCUGCAGAGAUUUCAGGAUGGCAAUAAAGGUAUAAUAAUUUAGAAAUAAUGAAGAAUGAAUUAUCAAACAAAAUAAUUAUUUUAGAAAAAGAAAAUUAAUAAUUAAUAUAUAAAAGUAAAUAUGAAGAAUCAUAGAUUAAUCUUGAUAAUAUAUCCUAAUUGAAAGAAUAGAUUAACUAAUAAACUAAAUAGAUUUCAAGUUUAAAAGCAGAAUUAUAAUUAAAAUAACAAAGUGAAUCAUAAUUAAUUUAUGAAUAACACAAUAUGAAAUAAAAAUUAGAGUAAUUUUAAAAUUAAACUUUAAAUUCAUAAAAAGUUGAAAAUCAAUAAUAUAAAAAUGAAAUUUCUAAAUUAAAAUAGUAAAUAGAAUAAUUGUAAUUAGAACUUUAAGAAAAUGAAUAUUAAAGAAAUAAAAAAUCAAAUUUAAAAGAAGAAUAAUCAAUAUUAUAGAUUAAUUCUUAAUUAGAAGAGAUUUAAAGAUUAAAAGAUGAAUUAUAAUAUUCAGAAGAGCAAUAUACAAAGAGAUUAAAAGAUUAAGAACAUCGUUUUUAAAUUGAAAUUAAAAGUAUUAAUGAGAAAUAUGUAUUGUUAUAAAAUGAAAUAAAUUGUAAACCUUAAUCUUAUGAAGAGAGUAGAAUUAAAUUUUAAACAUAAUUAGAAGUUAAUAAUUAUGAAGCAUAAAUAGAAAAAUUAAAAAGAGAUAUUAGAUAAAUGGAAUAAUAAAUGAAAGAACAUGAUAUCUAAACAAAACUUUGGUAAGAAAAAUUUUAUGAAUAACAGACAUAAAAUGAAGAUAUGAGAUACAAAUAUCAGGAACUAAGAAAUUAAAUUAGUUAAUAUCUUAGUUAUAAAACUUAAAAUGAAUAUGAUUAAAAAACUAUUCAUAAAUUAGAAGCUUUAGUAGAAGAAUAAUAGAAUAUAAUGCAUUCAUUAUAUUAAAAAGAAUAACAUUAUAAAGAGACAAUCACAAAAUAUAUUUAAAAAAUAGAAGAAAUAUAAUACAUAAAUUAUGAGGAAAAAGAAAAUUAAAUUUAAUAAAUGUAAUUUUAAUUAGAUUAAUUAUAAAUUAAAGUUAAAGAAUAAGAAGCUUAAUUAAACAUUAAAUCUACAUAAUGUUUUGAUCUUGAAACACAAAUUGAAAUUGAAAAACUAAAAUUUUCAGAAAGAGAAAUGUUAAUAUCAAAAUAAUAAAAAUAAGAUAAAAACAGAAUAUAACAAUUAGAAUUACAAGUAGAGAAUUUUUAAAAAGAUUAUGCUUUAUUAAAUUAGAAGAAAAAUGAAGUUAUCAAAGAAUAUGUUUAAGUUGAAAAUCAAUAGGAUAAAGAUAGAAUUAUUUAAUUAGAGCAAUCUUUAUCAAAUCUUUAAUAAGAAUAUGUCAUAGUAAAUUAAUAAUAUAUCAGUCUUUAAAAUCAAUAUAAUACUUAAAUUAUAAAAUAAGAAUAAAAUAAAGGAUUGGAAGAAGAUAAAAUUAAAAUAAGAUAAUUAGAAGAAUAAGUAAAAAUACUAAAAGAACAAUAUUUUUAAUUGAAUUCAAUGAAAUAAUAAGUAUUGAAGGAAGUUGUUAAAGAAGUUAUUGAAGUUCCAUCAGAAGGUGAUUAAAUAUUAAUUAAAUAGUUAAGAUAAGAAUUACAAUAAUUAUAAGCAGAAUAUAUGAUAUUAAAUAAUCAAAAGCGUAAUUAUGUUGAGGUUUAAUCUGAAGUUGAUAAAAAUAGAAUUAAAGAGUUAGAAAGAUAAUUAAUAAUUUUAAGACAAGAUUAUGAGGAAGUUUGUAAAAAGAAAUAAUCAACAAUAACAGAGUAUGUAGAAGUUUCUUCAAAAUUAGAUUUAUAAAGAAUUCAAUAAUUAGAAAAAAUGAUUUAAUAAUUAUAAGAGGAAAAUUUAAAGUUAUAAAUUUAAUAUUCUGAACAACUUAAAAAAUCAGUUAUAAUCAAUUAAGAUUUAGAAUAAAUUUAAGAACUUUAAUUAUAAAUAACCAUGUUGAGAGAGGAAAAUAAAAAAUUGAAUUUCUAAUUGAAUUAAUAAAGUGAAUCACUUAAAAGAUCAUCUAGUUCUGAUUUUCUGAAGAUUUAAUAAUUAGAAUAGAAAAUUAGAAAUUUAGAAUAAAAUAAUUUAGAAUUAUAAAAGUUAUAAUCUUAAAUUAAAAUUGUUAAAGAAACUGUUGAAGUAAGUAAGGAUGAAGAUUUAUUUAAAAUUUAACAAUUAGAAUUAUAAUUAUAAUUAAAAACAGAUGAUAUGUAAUAUUUAGAAAAAUAAUUAAAUUUAUAAAAGAAAAAUGUAGAAGAAUUAAUAUCUGCAAAUGAAAAAAUGAAAUAUGAAAAUACAAAAAUGAGAACAUAAUUAUAUGAAUUAUAAUCUUAAGUUGAUGAGUUAGAAUAUAAAAUUAAAGAGAAUAGUAAAUCUUAAGAAGAAAUAAAAUAAUAUUAAUAAAUUAUUAAUUAAUAUGAAUAAAGGGAUAAAAUGAAAAAUGAUUCAUAAAAAAUUAUUAGUGAAUUAAAGAAUAAAUUAAAUGAAUCAGAAAAUUAAAUAAAAAGAUAAUGGGGAGAAUUUGAAUUAAGCAAAUAAGAUUAUGAAUUUAAAAUAAAAAGUUAAGAAACAAAAUAUAAUUAAUAAAUUUAAUAAUUAUAAUAGGAAUUAUAAUUCAAAUUAUAAACAAGUGAAUAAGAAAAUUUAAUUUGCAAAAAUACAUGUAAAUAAAUCUAGAUUUAGAAUGAUGAAAUGUAAAGAGAAAUCAAAAGAUUAUCAGAUUUGAUAAGACAAAAGAAUGAUGAAGUAAAAAAACUUAAUGAAAAUAUACAAACAUAUUCAGUAAAAUUAGAAUAAUAUUAAACAAAUUUUUAAGAAAAUCAAAUAUAAAUUUAAGAUAAUAUUGUAUUACAAGAAAAAAUGUCUUAAUUAAUGUAACAUUGUAAUAAAUUAGAAAAUGCAUUAAAAUAAUUUGAUGAAGAAAAAAAAAUUGAAAAUAAAUAACUUCAUGAAUAAUUUAAUAAAAAAAUAAUGGAAGUUUAAGAAAUUAUUUAUAAAAAAGAUAAUGAAAUUUAAUAAUUAUCUAAUUUUAUUGCAAAUUAAUAGGAAUAAAUAUAAAAUUAAGAAAUUAAUAAAAUUUAAUAAUCUAAAUAAGAUGAGUAUAUAUAUAUUUCAUUAAUUUAGUAAUUAACAAUUUUUGAUUGAGUUAUAGAAUUAAUUAAGUAUAGUAAAAUAAGAAUUAUUGAGAUAAAUAACUUUGAAAGAAGAAUAUUAAAAUAAAAAUAAUGAAUUAAUUUUAAAAGUAAAAUUAUUAUAUUUAAUUUUUUUAGAUUGCAGAAUAUGAAUAAGGUAAUAGAAUUUCUGUUAAAAAUGAUUAUUAAUUGACUGAAAGACAUUAAGGUGCAAGUAGUUUUAGAAAUCUUGCUACUAUUGAUUACAAUUUGAAUAAUUCCCAAUUAUAGAAAGCAAGUUAAAUGAGACCUAGAGAUUCAACAAGUUUAUAUAAUCCAAAACCAAAUAAUUUUAAUCCACUAAACUCUUCUGUAUUAUUUUAUAUAUAUAGAAUAGAUUAUAAAAUAAAAAGUUUUUACUCAAAAAAAGAGUUAAAUAUAUUGA